AUGGAUAAAGAUGAUUUAUUUAAUGUGUAGGAAUCCCUUUAAUCUCCUGAAGAAGAAUUGAAAAAGCAGAACGACAAAAAGAAAAUGAAAGUUGAAAUCUACAUAAGUGAAGGUGUGUAUGAAUAAUUAAGAGGCUACAAACAAUUAAAGCAAUCAAACAUUCAAAAUAAUUUCAUCAUCCCAACUCCAUUGAAACAAGCAAAUGUCAACAGGUUUGCUGAAUUAAAUUAAUAAUCUAUUGAUAAUGGACAUAAAUUGCACAAUAUCAAAUUGAACAAGGAAUCUAUUGAUGGGUUAGUUAAUAAAUAUAGAGAAUAAGAGUAAUAAAAAUUAAAGUAAGUUGAAAAGAAAACAGAAUUAUAAUCAUUUGAAGAAAAAAAUAUGUAGCAAUAACCAAAAUAGCUUAUAUUCAGGACGAUGAAGAAUUUUAUACCAAAUACAUAAUCAUAGAUUUAAUCAGAUCUUUUUACAAAGGAAGACUAUUAUGAUAAAAAUGUCUUAAAUAGAAUUACUUAAAUUUUCAAUUUCUGA